AUGGCGCCCAGGCGCUGUGGGAGUGAGGCACACAGCCUCAGGGCCCUGGCUCGCCGCUCAGGGGCCAGUGCCGGCCGGGCGCAGCGUGAGACCUGCUCCUCCGGGAGGACGCCGGCGAGCACUUGUGAGGGCGCCGACACGAGGGACCGCAGCGUGAACGGCGGCACGCAGGACCCUGAUGGACGGGAGGGGUCUUCGGGCAUCUCUGUCCUUUCCCUGGGGCAGCGACGGGACCGCAGUGGGGCCUGUCAGUUCCCUACGCAGGUCUGGAAGGUCGGCCAGCGGAGGGCGAGGACCCCGCACCGGGGUGCGGAACGUCCACCGGCAGCGCCGGCCUCCCGUCCCUGCGCACGCGCGGCGCGGCUAGGCGGCUGCCGGUACCCCAGGGCCAGCGCGCAUGUCUCCACGCCUCAGCCUUGCGCGGCGGAGGGAGGUAGGGCUGUCGGCCGCUGCCGGGCCGAGGACUGCGCGCCGCCUCGCGGCUUCUCCGUGCCCCACAGCAGCCCAGUUUGGUCUAGAAAGGCCCACGAAACCGCCGCCGUCGCCGCCCCCCUCCAGCCCCUCCCUGUCGCGUAUCCUUCCGUCGCGGUGCCCCCCGCGCCCCCCCGGUCCCCCCCCGGCCCUCGCCGAGGAGAACCCCAGUACGCAGGCGCGGUAACCAAGGCGGCGGUGUCUAGUGAGGAUUUGAAAUCGGCCGCGCGUGCGCACUGGCGUUCCGGCCCCGGCAAGGGCGGCCGCGCUUCCUCCCCGCCAGCCCCCGCCCCGCUCCCUCCCCGCCCCUCAUUGGAGCGGAGGCGGCGGCGCCCCCUCCUUCCCCCGCGCCCUGUCGCCGCCGAGAGUGUCUUUUCGCCGCCGCCGCCGCCGCUGCAGGAACGCGGAGCGAGCGGCGCGAGCGUGACCGAGGGCCGGGCGCACGGCGGCGGCCCUCCCGCGGGUCCCGGGCUGCGCGGCGCCUGGGCCCGCCCCCUCGGCCCUGCCGCCCGCCCCCUCCGAUGGCCUCUCCCGCCGGCCCGAGUGGAACGCCGCCGCCGCCGCGGCCCCCGCGCCCGCCCCGCGCCGCGUGAAGGGAGCCCGACAGGCCUGAGCAGCCCGCCGCGGCCUGCCCGGGCCCCUCCAGGCCGCCGCGAGCCGGGACCCCGACGGGAACCGCCGCUCACGGCCGGGCUGGGCGGCGGCGGCCUGGCGGGGCCCGCGCUGCCCGCCGCGUCGCCCCCGCCGCCCGCGUCUGGCCCCGCCGCGCUGCCCCCCGCACUGCUGACGGCGCUCGGGCCCGCGGCUGAGGGCGCCCGGCGCCUGCACAAGUCGCCGUCUCUGUCGUCGUCGUCUUCGUCCUCGUCCAACGCCGAGUCGGGCACGGAGAGCCCCGGCUGCUCCUCCUCGUCCUCCAGCAGCGCCUCGCUCGGCCGGGCGGGAGGAGGCCGCGGCGGCGCCUUCUUCCACUUCGCCGACGGUCCUUCGACCGGCCCCGGCGCGGCCAACGGGCACCCAGGGCCGCGCGGCCCCGCGCCCGCCGGCUCUCCGCCGCAGCACCAGUUCCACCCGGGCCGCCGGAAACGCGAGAACAAGGCCAGCACGUACGGCCUCAACUACCUGCUGUCCGGCAGCCGCGCGGCCGCGCUGAGCGGAGGAGGCGGCCCCGGGCCCCAGGCGCCGCGGCCCGGCACGCCGUGGAAGAGCCGCGCGUACAGCCCGGGUAUCCAGGGACUUCAUGAGGAAAUAAUUGACUUUUAUAACUUCAUGUCCCCUUGUCCUGAAGAAGCAGCCAUGAGAAGAGAGGUGGUGAAAAGGAUCGAAACUGUGGUUAAAGAUCUUUGGCCGACGGCUGAUGUGCAGAUAUUUGGCAGCUUCAGCACGGGCCUCUAUCUUCCCACCAGCGACAUCGACUUAGUGGUCUUUGGAAAAUGGGAGCGCCCUCCGCUGCAGCUGUUGGAGCAGGCCCUGCGGAAACACAGCGUGGCCGAGCCGGGCUCCAUCAAGGUCCUCGACAAGGCGACGGUACCGAUAAUAAAACUCACAGACCAGGAGACGGAAGUUAAAGUCGACAUCAGCUUUAACAUGGAGACUGGGGUCCGGGCAGCAGAGUUCAUCAAGAAUUACAUGAAGAAAUAUUCAUUGCUGCCUUACUUGAUUUUAGUACUGAAACAGUUCCUCCUGCAGAGGGACCUGAAUGAAGUUUUUACAGGUGGAAUUAGCUCGUACAGCCUAAUUUUAAUGGCCAUCAGCUUUCUGCAGUUGCAUCCAAGAAUUGAUGCCCGGAGAGCUGAUGAAAACCUUGGAAUGCUUCUUGUAGAAUUUUUUGAACUCUACGGAAGAAAUUUUAAUUACUUGAAAACUGGUAUUAGAAUAAAAGAAGGAGGUGCCUAUAUCGCCAAAGAGGAGAUCAUGAAAGCCAUGACCAGCGGGUACAGGCCGUCGAUGCUGUGCAUUGAGGACCCCCUGCUGCCUGGGAACGACGUGGGCCGGAGCUCCUACGGGGCCAUGCAAGUGAAGCAGGUGUUCGACUACGCCUACAUCGUUCUCAGCCACGCCGUAUCGCCGCUCGCCAGGUCCUAUCCCAACAGAGAUUCCGAAAGCACCUUAGGGAGGAUCAUCAAGGUGACCCAGGAGGUGAUCGACUACCGGGCGUGGAUCAAGGAGAAGUGGGGCGGCCGGGCCCACGCGCCGCCAGACCCCGACGACAGGAUUAAGACCACCGAGCGGACGGGCAAGUGCGAGGGGGAGCAGCCCCCGCGCCGGGACCCCGAGUCGCCCUGCGGCCCACGCCUGGCCCUAUCCCUGCCCAGCCCCCAGCUCCUGUCCUCCGGCUCGUCUGCCUCCUCUGUGUCCUCGCUCUCCGGAAGUGACAUCGAUUCGGACACGCCCCCCUGCCCGACGCCCAGCGUGCGCCAGUUCAGCCUCCAGGCGCCUGCCCCUCUGCCGGCCAGCCUGCCUGCCGCCCUGCCCGUGCCGAGCGGCAGACCUCAGUCGGCCACGCCCAGGACGCUGGUCAUGGCAACUAACACCCAGACCAGGUUUACUAUACCUCCACCAACGCUCGGGGUGGCCCCCGUGCCCUGUAGACCAGCUGGCAUCGAAGGAGCUCCGGCGCUGAAAGCUGUCCACCACGUGUCUUCCCCGGCCGUCCCAUCUGCGCCGCCUAACGCGCUUUCCAGUCCUCACCUGUAUCACAAGCAGCACAGCGGCAUGAAACUGUCCAUGAAGGGCUCCCACAGCCACGGCCAAGGCGGCAGCUACAGUGCGGUGGGCAGCGGAGGGGUGCGGCCUCCCGUGGGCAACCGGGGGCACCACCAGUAUAACCGCGCCGGCUGGAGGAGGAGAAAACACACACACACGAGGGACAGCCUGCCCGUCAGUCUCAGCAGAUAAUACUCCUGGUGGCGCCACCCGGCCCACACCUCCCAGACUGGAGCCGGGUGGCCUCGGCGCCCCCGGGACCUGAGACCAGCACCCAGCACGCCAGCCGGGCCCCCGGCGCCCUCGGCUGCUCGCUCUGCAUGUUCCUUGUGUGGUGGCCACGUCCGUCAUGAAGAACGGCUCCUGUGCUCGUCUGUGGAGCCUUACUGGACGUGGACGCUGCCUUCUGCCUUCCCAGGAGUCUCCCUUCAGUGCUGGACCAGGAACUGCGGGGACGGACGGGGCCUUGGCCUUUCUCGGUACCGUGUCUGUCCUUUGCGUUGGUACUUCAUUCCACGUUGUCAGAGCAACGGAGAUCGAACCCCGUUAUUUGUUGGGAGGUCAUCCUUGUUUUACUGCCCUCACAUUUUGUUUCAAAUUUCAGAACUGUUUUUCUAUGUAAAUAUUGGAAAUUUAUGAUUUGUGCAAUAACUCAGAUAUUUUUUAUUUAAUUUCAUAUUUUCACAUAAGUUAUAUUUAAGGGAGAAGGGAAUUUUUUUAAACGAGCUUAGAUCCUUUCCCGAGUUGCAUUUUCUAAGUUGGGUUCAUCCUGUCGGCUGGUUGUCUGAUGAGCGUUGUUACGAACACCGCGAACGAGGGGCUUGGGGUUUAUUUUUAUGUUCCUUCUUUUGGUCAGACGUGAGGCCUCUCAGUUCGUGGUGAAGGAGCUGAGUCUCCCCCUCACCCGCCCCGCAGCGGGUUUCCGAAGGGGUUUGGCUCCGAAGCCUUCUGACCAGCUGCCCGCCGGCUCUGCCGUCCGGCCUGUCUGUUGUCUUGCUCUGACCGUGGAGUUUUAAUGUUUUGGGUUUGGUUCUUUUAAACUAGACAACAGACCCAGCAUUUAGAGUGCCAGAGUGUAUAACUUUCUAUGGGGAGAAAAGGUUGUCACAUUAUGAAAUCUUAAGCAAAUGUGAACUUUGAAACGCCUCAGUUUUAGUAACAUAGUCUGUAAAUGAUGGGUCUGGUGAACAGCGUCACGGACAAUGGUACCCAGUUUUAGGAAUGUGGAGAAAGGAAUUAUGUUGAUUCCAUUGUGGAAUCUGUAGCAGUAUGCAUUCGUUCUGUUAAGAGCAAAUAUAGGAGAAGCACUUGAGCUGCUCAGUGCGCCGUGGAGGGGUUUUUAACACAUCACAGGAGAGCACAGCCCAGUGUCGGGCCCCGGAGCGGCUGGCGCCCGACUCGAGAAGCAUACAGGUAUACUAUGCAAGUGUGUUCUGCCAUGACAGCCACUGUCUUUGUUACCCAUUUUUGAACACUAAUAUACCCAUCCUGCCUCACCCUGAGUUUUUGGAGCACCACAGGUGUCCUGGGAGUUAGGUGCCUCUUCUAGGUCAUCCGACUCCCAUUUUUAAAAUGGGAGUCCUGGCCCUGCUGACGCUACAGGUGGGAUGGUCUUUGAAGUCCACUAGCAGAGAAGGUUGGGACGAGAAGCUUACUGCCGUGACCCCAGUGACAUGCAGAAGCGGGGCGUCCUCAAGUGGGGUCUGAGUGUAGAGAGCUUCACCGCAUCUGCGGGCCCCCUGGAAGCAGGACUGGCCCCCGUGCGUUGAGAGUGGCCGGCCGCGCCUGCAGGGCUCCCUGGGAGGCUCCCAGAGCCGAGUAGCACGCUUUGUCUGCAGUUCUUGAUGAUCGGAGGUUAUCAAAAGUAUUUAAAGAUAUUUAAAUCAUGAACCUAUUGAUAAAGAAAUAUUUAUAAAAACUGAUCUGUAGGCCUGUACUAAUCUCUACGCGUUAGCAAUAUUGACUGUAACCCUCCUCCAAGGAAACGCUGCGGGGGACUGCGGGGUACGGUGGGAGCGCCCUCGGGUGUGCCUCGGGACCCUCAGUCCCUGACCCGGGCGCCAGGCUCCAGCCCCGUCACGGUGAACCAAUGAAUUGGCCCGGCCGCCUGUGGCCACGCGCCGCGGGCCUGACAACAGGAUAUCAUGUUUCGAUUUUUUGUGUGUGUGGACAACAAUGUGGAAGCUAAAAUUGACAUAUUUUUAUGUAAAGUUUUUCUAUUCUUUGAUUUUUAAUAAACUUUGGAAACCAG